UCUCGGGUAGGGGGUGGGUGCGAUGCCGACCGGGAGGGUACGUUCGAGACCUUGCGAAGGUUGUCUGGGGUCUCUGAGCUGAAGUGCCGGCCCCUCCACGGAGGAUAUGGGCCCCUGAGGAGCCUGGCAACUAACCCCGAGGGGCGGUCGAGGAUUUGUGCAGACCGAGUAUUUCUCUGAGGGACCCAUUUCACAUCCCUGGGAAGUGUACGGGAUGCCAAAGGCAAUCUUGAGCUACAACCAUCCAAUGAGGUGAUAACCAGAAGGUGCACAGAAGUCUAGGAACCAAGGAAACCACGUCCCAGCAAAUUCACUUGCCAAAAGUAGCACUUUUCGAGACAGUGGAGACUGGCGAGACCUGAAUGCUAUCGGUUUUACAGCUCUUUAAAACGUUGCACAGGACCAGACAACAAGUUUUUAAAAAUGAUACCAGAGCAUUAGAAGCAGCCAGAAUAAAGAUAAAUGAAGAAUUCAAAAGUAAUAAAAGUGAGACAUCUCCUAAGAAAAUAGAAGAGCUAAUGAAAAUAGGUUCUGAUGUUGAAUUGUUACUUAGAACAUCUGUUAUACAAGGUAUUCACACAGAGCACAAUACAUUGAAAUUGGUUCCUAGGAAAGACCUUCUUAUAGAAAAUGUGCCAUAUUGUGAUGCGCCAACUCAAAAGCAAUGAAUUUCCUAGGAUAAAAUCGAGUGUUUCUACUUUUUAAUUUUAAAAUAUAUAACUUUGGAAAAGCUUUCGCAUGCAUAAGAGGUGAUUGAAGAGACCAUGGCUUCAGUCAGGCACACUUUAAAAUGACAUCUUCGCAUUUUAAAAUUUUAAAGAAGUCUACUUAACUGGACCCGUGUAGACUAGAAGAAGCGCCGACACUAUCACCCUGAGAUACCUUUAAAUUUCGAACCGAAACUAUUCCCGGAGGCCACCUUUCAACUAAAUAACAGGUUGGUUCAUAAAAUAAAAAAAUAUCACCCAUGAGUACUGUGCUCCUUUAAAAAAAAAAAUCAUCUGUAUGAGCCCAAACGGUUAACACUUUCCCUAAAGCAAAGAUGAGAAGGUCCGGGGGGACAGGGAAACUGGAUUAAUGGAAGCAGAACAACUGGAACAGAAAUGAUGAGAAUAUUGACCCAAGGUGGAAAAUGUAACCAAUGUCA